AUGUUUUACAAAUCAAUAGAAGAUUAUAAUAUUUCACAAAAUUGUCAAUAUUCAAUAAAUCUAGUAAAAAGAUUAAAAGCCAAUCAACGUGAACGUGCUCGAAUGCAUACAUUGAAUAAUGCAUUAGAACAAUUAAGAAUUGUUUUACCGAAUUCCCCUUGUGAUUCAAUGAAACUUAGUAAAAUUCAAAUAUUACGGCGUGCACGUGAUUACAUCAUAUCCCUCAUUGAUUUAUUAAACAAAUCUCCACAUUCUCAAAUCAAUUCAUAA